CGACCGUACUCAUCACCAAGUUAAGUACACUAACGUUACAGUGGUUUGAGUGUUGUGGCCAAGAAAUCUAAUGUAGAUGCCUCUAUGAGCCUUCCCUUUGAUCAGGUGGUUUCUCCGCAGGCCUUGAAAGCUGUACUGUGGUAGAUGAAGCAGGUAUUGUAAUUGAUAUGAUGCGCGGUGCCUGACGUGAUAUAGUAGGACACUGCAGAGGUCUCGGUGGGGUUUGGAAACGAUGAUGGCAUAACUUCCAUAGAAAGAAAUGGUUACAUCAUUGUCAAGCACCCGCAACUUCGCCUCCCCGGUAUUAAUGACCAAGAAACUAUAAAAAUUAGGAGCAACUCUUGCUCAAGGUUCAGACACAUCCUACACCCAGCAAAGAACGCAUUUUAGUAGAAGAACACAACUGAAACACCAAGAUGGCUGAACAGAAGACCGAGUACUCCAUGAAGCAUGCCGAUCCGUACAAGGAGGCCAACCUUGACACGACGGUGUCCCUGGAGCAGAAGAUCCAGGACCUCAGUGCCUUCAUGAACGCCUGCAGGUUCGCGAUGAUGACCACCCGCGAUGCCAAGUCCGGGAACUUGGUGUCGAGGUGUAUGGCACUUGCAGCCCAGGAAACUGGUGGGAUCGACCUGCUCUUCCACACAAAUAUCGAGUCUGGCAAGACGGACGAUCUCGCCAGCGACUCGCACAUCAACAUCAGCUUCCUGAACAACUCGGGAGAUUGGGCGAGCAUCAGCGGCACGGCCAAUGUGGUAACGGAUCGGUCUCUCGUCCAGCAGCACUAUAGUCAGCAUCUCAAGGCCUGGUUGGGAGACCUGGGAGAUGGUACCCAUGACGGAGGCCCGAAUGACCCGCGCAUCGGCAUCAUCCGCGUCAAGACAUCCACGGCCCAUUACGCCAUCUCUGGCAAGACCAUGCUUGGGCAGAUGGCACAAGUCGCCCAGGGUGUCAUCACGGGGAAGCCAGCCGCGGUCAAUAAAUUGCGAGAGAUCAGCGAGGAAGAGGUCAAGCAGUGGAGAUCGUCCCAUUAAGAAUUGCUCCGGUUUCCAUCCUGUACGGUUAAGUAGUAGUACGUUCGUUUGGACACUUGCACGGAGGGUCGUUGGAAUCCGGACAUGAACACGUGGAGGUAACACCCAAGCUAGUCCUAG